UCCAAUCGGAGUGUUCGGUGCAAAAUUUAAAUCGAACAACAGUGCGUUUGGUAUAUUAAAUUGUAAAUGUAUAACUGUUUAAAUGUUAUCGAAUUGGUUUUAUGCCACGGAAACUGACCCGGUCUUUGAAUGAAUGCGUUUUCUAAUUGAUUACUAACGGCUGAUUGCAAAACAUUCACUAGAUUUUAAAAUGGAUAAUCUUACAGAAGAUCUUGGUUUUAUAACCGAAGAGCAGCUCGAUUUUACCUUCGGGUCUCCGGUUUCGGACAGUAAUGAGCAGGCAAACCAGGAGGUGGAGGAAGAGGUUUUCGUGGGAGCUGUGAAACACGUGGAGCGCUGCGUGGCCAAGAACCUCGACCUCAAUGCCCGGGAAGGUGUUGGCAGGGCCUCACCUGGACCGCCGCACUGGACCCCAUUAAGCACGGAGAAGUUCGAAGAGGUCUGCCGGGAAGCUAACCGCCUUGCUCGGCAGCUAGAGAAAUUGGCAUUAAAGGAAAACCUGGAGCAGUCACCCUUAGUCACAGCCCUCAUAAGGGCACAGGAACCACGGCGGAGCCCUCGGCGGGAAACCUAUGUGGUGAAGGACAGCCCUGUUCGGCUGCUUCUGCCAGAUGUCAGCUUGGAGGGCAUCUCGUUACUCUCCCUGAACGAAGAGGAGGGCUUGGCAUCUCCUACCUCUCCCGUCAAUAACGUUUCAGAUACUCCCACUGCAGAUGGGGCCACUCCCACCAAACGUAAAAUCACACCUAAAGUGUGCAAGACCACACCAGUUGUGCGCAAUGUUACACAUGUGACAAAUGAGGUAAAACCCACUGCCAGGACAUCAACUGCCGUCAAAGCAAUGGUAACACCAACGACUGGCGAGAUAGCACCUGCCACAAAGAAGACCACGCCCACGGCACAUGCAAGCAAGGGCACACCCAAAAGAGGCUCCCCAGUCACUUCCCCUAAAAAGGAGGUGACACCGAUGAAAAGCAGGGCUAAAGCCAGUAACGGCCCUGCUGCCAUGCCAGCUACAGGCCAGGCUGUGCUUGUUACUUCCCUCCAGAGGCAAUGCAGGAAGCCUGGGCAGGGGAUAGGUAGAGGCCAACGCAGUAAUGAUUCAUCUGCUGCUCUGCAUCCUGGGAAUGGCUCACAAGAUAAGGCUGCUGCAGCAAUCAGGCCCUCCCUGACCCACAGGACUCUUGGGGCCAAAAAAAAUCUCAAGGCUGUCUGCAAUUCUCCCCAACCUGUGGCCCCCACCUCGCAAGUCUCCAGCAUGGGAAGACCUGCUGCAAGUGCAAAGGUAAAGAUGAAACCACUAGCCAGGAGCUUUUCAGGUACACAGGCUACACAUGCAGGUCCUGCCCAUGUGACCAAGCCCAGCCAAGGUUCCAAGCAUCAGACGACCUCCACAGCCUUCCCCAGACCAGUGCUGGGCUGGUCUGCACCCAAGGGCAGGUCCCUGACCUCAGACACAGGGGUCUCUCGCCUUCCUGUCUACCACGGUGUCCCAGUAGCUCAGCUCCGUUCCAGCCAGAGUGUCUCUCGAGGUGAUGACACAGGACACAAGAAAGGGGCAGAGGCAGUCUCCCAGUGAGAGCACCAAAGCAGUGGCUCCCCCUGCAGGCAGUGCCUGCACAUCUUUCUACUAGAGUGCCACUUUCAGGGGCCAUAGAGCUUCUUGAAGCCCAGCAGGCAAUCAGAAUUUACACAGGGAUCGGCGAGAACAAACUAGGCAAAAAAGCACAACAAAAGUGGGGGAUAAAUGUACAGGAUCAGUCAAAACUAAGCUUUACAAUGACAAAAAACAUGUGAUUAAUUUAAAAAAAAAAAAAAACUAAGUAUGUGUUUGUAUGCCAAUUUGCUUUUCUGUUCAUUAAGUAUAAUCCAAUACUUGUUAUAUUAUGCUGAUUGCCAGUUUUUGUAAUCACUAUAAUAAUCAAAGCAUUUGCAUGCGUUGGAAUGCUUUCAUUUAGCCUCAAAGGUAUGGAAGGUGUUUUGUGACAAUAUUCAAUAAAUACGUAUUUAAACUACAUUUUAAAUGAUACCAGCAACCAUUAAAAUAAUCUGUCACCUAUCAAACUGAGUGGGGGUUCUAACCCUAACCUAAUAUCUGAGUGGUCAUAUUCCAAACGAAGUCACAAGAGCUCGAGCUCGCCUAGUCGAUCAAAUUAUCAUUUAUAACCAUGUUUUGUCUGUUCUGUCCUGGGGCUGUAUUACAUCCUAACUUCCAAAAUCUUAAACCCAUCUAACUUUAGCAUAACAGUUAAGUUGUUCUUACUUGCCACCGCACAGUGUUAGCCAUAGCUAAUCUUAUUUAAUCCAUAUGGCUGUUCUUUUAUACAAGCAACGAAAUAUGUGGAAACCCGCCUGGACCCCCACUCAUGCCAUAACCAUAAAUAGGAUGUACAAUCAUGGUCAUGUUUUAAUAUAUCGUGGGGCUGAAUCACAGUAGACCCCUCCCGUAUCCAAAGUUUACUUCGGUCCAAAAAAAAAGUUGUCUUACAGUAUGUUUUUUCAUGAUUCAUUCGUCCUUUGAUAGGUAUAAAAAGCAUGAUUUUGUCUGUACAAUUUACUUUAAAAAAAUCACUUGUCUAUCGUAAUUUGUGGUGACCUUAGUCUCCUGCUCAUGUGGGCUAUAUUAUGUAGUAAAAAAAGGAAACCCAACAGGUAAAAACCAGAAUUUGUGAACAUAAAUGUGCAAUUAGAAACUGUAGCGAGUCGUCAUUGGUAACUGCUCACACUUUAUGGGUGAUUCGGGUUGAUUAUUGGGGUAAUUCACCAGUCCUCAGAGGAGGGGAUCAGAACAACUGUCUACUCCAAAGGUGGAUCUUAAUAUGGCCUCAGGACUGAACAAGCAAAAAUUAGAAUUUUUAUAUAAAUUAGUUAUAAAUUAAGAAUUCAUAAAGGAGAAUUCAAACGAUGAUCCAUCUCUUGUGAAUUUUAAUUUGUAAUGCAACAAAUAUUUGGUUUUGUUUAGAUUCUGUCCCGAGUUUAAUGUGACUUUCACAGAUGAUUUAACAAUUCUUAUUAUUUAUAACAAUUUAAAUGAUUAUUAAAUAAUUUCAAAUUUACAUAUAAUCAUUUAGACGACAUUGAAUAUUUCAUAAAACAUCCUCCAUAUGAAAUGUUACUUUCUAUUACGCUAAUUACAUAUUUUGUGUUUCCUGUUGGUCUUCGAAUUCUGUCUGCAUACUGUAUAUUGCCCUACUCACUACUUUUUCUACCACAAGGUGUAGUGAUUCAUAAGGAUUUGCACCAGUGUGAAAUUUCCACCUGAAUUUUUAGUUAGUUUUUUUCUUUCAUUUGCAGAGACAAGGCAGCCGGUACAAUUUCUUGAUCAGUUGAGUUGUAAGGGCGAUGAAAGCCUUGUGUGAUGCAGAUUAUUAUUUUCACUUUUGCUGUCAGUAACUCAGGCCUUUUCUACAUGUUCCAAAUGACAUAUUUCUGUGCCCAUUAGAAUCCGUCAGAGAAUUUCAUGAUUCCGAUGAGGUAUUUUUAUGACCAGGUGCAAUGAAAGGGACACUGAAAAUGUCUGAAGCAGAAACAAACUGGACCCAAAAUAUAUAUAGCAUCUUCUGUGUGUUUUUGUUAAUACAAUUACAUUUUUUAACUCAUGUGUCAUUGUUAUUUUCAGUGUAAAUGGUCACCCCGUGACCCUGAACGGGAUAAGCGGUUUCAGAAGCUGGAUGGAUGGAACCAAUAAAUUUGCAAUUUUUUUACUAUAUUUAGUAAGUGCCCAAAACUUUGUGUGGGUAGAGAACCUGUUAAAAAUUGGAAAAAAACACUAUUUUUCCUUUUUGCUUAUUUGCUUUGUGAAAAGCAGUACAGAAGCUUUUCUGUCUUGGAUGUAAUUGGCUGAAUGUUGUGUCCAACUCUGUGAAAGUGAAAUAAGACCUUCCAACUGGAUACAUCUGAAUCUCCAGGAAACGGCAAAGACUGACCACAUCAUGGUCCCGGUCUC